AUGAUAUCUCAGUUCUUCGUUCUUUCGCCGAGGGGCGAUGUGAUCAUCAGGCGGGACUACCUCGGCAACGUUCCUAAGGCCAGCACGGAGAUAUUCUUCCGCAACGCCAAGUUUUUCAAGGGCGGCGAUGGCGAUGGAGCGGUGGAGGCGCCCCCUGUUUUCAUCAUUGAUGGAGUCUCGUACCUGCAUGUCAAGGACGGCGGCGUGCAGCUGGUGGCGGCCACGCGCGACAACGCGUCGCCCUCCUUUGUGCUGGAGUUCCUCAAACGCAUCAGCGUGAUCAUCAAGGACUAUUGCGGCAGCCUGAGCGAGGAGGCGAUCCGCAAGAACUUUGUGCUGAUCUACGAGCUACUGGACGAGUGGUGGUGCCGCCGGUGA